AUGCGACAGUCUUCGGUCGAUGCCUCCGCCGAUGAGGCGUUGGCGCGCAUGGGUUACAAGAGCGAGCUGCCGCGGAACUUGUCCAUGCUCAGCAUCCUCGGCCUGUCCUUUGCCAUCAUGGCGGCGCCAUACGGUCUCAGCACCACCCUGUACAUCACCCUGUACGACGGUCUCUCCGUGACCAUCAUCUGGGGUUGGAUCUUCGUCACGCUGAUCUCCAUUGCCAUCGCGGCCUCGCUCGCCGAAAUCUGUGCGGUCUACCCGACCGCCGGCGGCGUCUAUUACUGGAGCGCCAUGCUCUCGACCCGCCGCUGGGCCCCGCUCAUGUCCUUUAUCGACGGAUGGUUGACGCUGGUUGGAAAUUGGACGGUCACUCUGAGCAUCAUCUUCGGCGGCGGGCAAUUGAUCCUCAGCGCCAUCUCCCUGUGGAAUCAGGACUUUGUCGCCAAUGCGUGGCAGACGGUCCUGAUGUUCUGGGCGGUCACCUUGGUCUGCACCCUCGUCAACAUUUUCGGGUCGCGCUACCUGGAUCUGAUCAACAAGAUCUGCAUCUUUUGGACCGCGGCCAGUGUCCUGAUCAUUCUCAUUGUCUUGUUCACCAUGGCCGACCACCUCAACUCGGCCCAGUUUGUCUUUGCCGAAUACGAUGCGUCGCAAAGUGGAUGGCCCGCCGGGUGGGCCUUCUUCGUGGGCUUGCUGCAGGCCGCGUAUACCUUGACGGGAUACGGCAUGGUGGCCUCCAUGUGCGAGGAGGUCCAGAACCCGCAUCGGGAGGUCCCCAAGGCGAUUGUCUUGUCCGUGGUCGCCGCUGGCUUCACGGGUCUCUUGUAUCUGAUCCCGGUCCUCUUCUCCAUGCCGAGUGCGGCCGUGCUGCGCCAGGUGGCCAGUGGUCAGCCCAUUGGGACCCUGUUCAUGCAAGUCACCGGCUCCCCCGGCGGUGGCUUCGGCCUGCUCUUCCUGAUUCUCGGGAUCAUGCUCUUUGCGGGGAUUGGGUCGAUGACUGCGGCCAGCCGUUGCACCUAUGCCUUUGCCCGGGAUGGUGCCAUUCCGGGAUUCCACCUGUGGCGCCGCGUCAACAAGAAGCUGGAUGUGCCCGUCAAUGCCAUUCUUCUCUCUGCGGGAGUCAUCAGCCUGCUAGGAUUGAUCUACUUUGGUUCAACCGCCGCGUUCAAUUCCUUCACCGGGGUCGCCACCAUUUGCCUGUCCACCUCGUACGGAUUGCCCAUCCUCAUCUCCAUGAUCCGCGGUCGAACCGACGUCAAGCGAUCCACCUUCUCCCUCGGUCCCUUUGGAUGGGUCAUCAACGCGAUCACACUGCUAUGGAUCGUGCUGGCCGUGGUCCUCUUCUGUAUGCCCUACAUCUUACCGGUGACUCCGGCAAGCAUGAACUACGCCAGCGUGGUCUUUGCUGGCUUCGCCGCCAUCAGCAUCGUAUGGUACUUUGUAUAUGCGCGUAAGCAUUUCACGGGGCCCCCCGUGUCCAAGGAGGAGGUCAUGGUCACCGCGGGCGUCAUGACCGGCUCUGCGGUGGAUCCGGAGACUGCGACGGUUGAGCAGAUGAAGAAAAUGCCCAGCGACUGA